AUGGAUCCUCGAGGUCCCUUCGGUCACACACCCGCCAGCGCGGAAACGUCUGGUCUGCACCCUCAGGGGCCCGACGAUGCUGCCGCAGACUCGCCGUCGCCUCUGCGGGAUCGCCGCCGGGAGAAGCCCAUGCUGUCAUGCAUCUCCUGUAGGAGUCGCAAGGUGCGAUGCGAUCGCCAGUUGCCAUGCAAAACCUGCACAAACAGAGGGAUCGGCUCCUCCUGCACUUACAAAACGGCCGGCCCAGGCAAGACGAAAGUCAGCGUCGGUGACCGCAUCCAGCAGCUCGAGGAGCGUGUGCGCUCUCUCCUGCGGCAGCAGCAGCAAGAGCAGCAGACGCCGCAAAGGCCGGCAGUAAGUCCGGAUAGCCUUGUCAGAGACUCCUUGGGGCAUUCCCUUCAAGCCUCGCCGGGGAUGCCGCCGCAAAGCGUCCCCACGGCCUCGCUGGCGUCGGUUGACGAGGGCACACCCAGGCCGGCCAUAAAGCACGCGUCCUUAUCACACAGCCGGGAUAGUGCUAAUUCCCCCGCGCCGUCAGAUCCCGGUAGCAUGCGUUUGCACUCGCACGAUGUCGGUGUCAACUACGUCGGGAGCGUCCACUGGGCCGCCGUGCUCGAUAGCAUCUCGGAGCUCAGGGACCACUACGAGGAGGAAGAGGAAGCCCGCAUGCUUGCCACCAGCGACCAUACGCACGACCGAAAUCCUGGUCCUCGACUACUGUACCAACUGGUUCAGGCGACAAAAGACGAUAUUCUCAAGUCAAUACCGGCCCGGCCCGUUGUGGACCGCAUGGUCGCACGGUACUUCAACGCGCAAGGUGUUGUGCCAGAAAUCCUUCACAGUGGUCAUUUUCUCCGAGAGUACGAAAGGUUCUGGCAGAACCCAGCUGGAGUACCAUUCAUCUGGAUUGGCCUCUUAUUUAGCGUAAUGUGCAUCGCCACCUUGUACACGCAGUCGAUCGGGGAGGCGGUAGAUCUGGAAUCUCUAGAACGCCUGAACUUAUUCCGGGAACAGACUUUUCACUGCCUGAUCCGAGGCCAGUACACUAGAGGCGGGGACUACGUCCUUGAAACCAUGAUCAACAAUCUUGUUUGUGAGUCCUUCCUGUCCGAGGAUACUGAGAUCGGGCUCUGGCUUGUACAAGGCAUCAUCGUGCAGCUCGCCUUAAGUCAGGGUUACCACCGAGACCCUCAAAACUUCCAGAGCAUUAUCCCAUUUGCCGGUGAGAUGCGGCGGCGCUAUGACACGGAAGAGCCCCGCAACUUGCUGGACACAGACUUUGAUGACUCUACCGUCGAGCUUCCCCCUUCGCGGCCCGAGACAGAGGUCACACCCGUGCUCUACAGCUUGGCAAAGAACAGGAUAGACAAGAUGAUGGGGCUGGUCUAUGACCUUGUCAAUGACACUCUCGAGCGCCCGUACACAGAGAUUCUGGACCUCGACCGGAAGCUGCAGGAGGUUGAGGCCACGCUGCCGACCAUCUUCCGGUGGAAACCUCUGAGUGAAUCCUUCAUGGUGCCACCCCAGGUCGUCAUGCACCGCGUGCUGCUCCAGCUCGCCAUACAGAGACUCGUAAUCUGGCUGCACCGUAGGUACCUCGCGCCCUCCUAUUCCCAGCCGCACUACGAGUACUCGCGACGCGCCUGCGUCCAGGCUGCCAUCAAGAUCCUCGAGUUCCAGCAGAUAGUGAUGGAGGAGACACAGGCAGACGGAUUAUUGUAUCCCGUACAGUGGGCGCGGUGGAUGUCCACGUCAUCGCGGCCGCGAGCAGUCUUCCUGUUGGGCGUCAGCAUUCUCUGCUACUACGUACAACUGGCCAAGUCCCAGCCCGAAGUACCGCUCGACCAGGAGACAGGCACCAAGAUCCUCAGUCUGCUGCGGAACACCUGUCCACUCUGGCUGCACUCGCCCACGGUGUCUAGGGAAGCCCGACGGGCGGAUGAACAUCUGGCCCUCGUACUAGGGCUACGGGAAGGUCAAACAACUGAUGAGCCGGUCAAUAUCUCUACCACUGUCACGCCCCAGGACACCACUUCGUCACUCGACCAGUUUACUUGGGACGCAUACGAAGGUAAUUGA